UUCAAAACAUUGAAGCACAGGCGCCAGCAGCCUUGUUCACUCUGUCUCACAAUGAUUUCAGUCGCUUUUAGCUGACAUUUAUCACUGGGCGUGAGAGAACACGUAGAGUGCUUUGGGGUCUUCUGCGGCUCCAACAUGGCGGACCCGCUGCUGGAGUUUGAGACGGAGAUGUUUCUGAGUGUGUUCGGCAGUGACGGGCUGCUGGUGGCGGCGGAGGGGAUGGGGAUAGACCGCAUCCUGCUGCAGUUCAUGCGGGUUCACUCGGAGCGGGACAGCCUGGUCCUCCUGCUCAACACAACCACACCUGAACAGGAGUAUUUCACGGAGCAGUUGCGAAUAGAGGGUGUGACCCACCUGCCCAGGACAGUCACCAGCGAUGUCCAGAGCACUGAGCGCUAUAACGUUUACACUGAGGGAGGGGUGCUGUUUGUGACCAGCAGAAUCCUGGUGGUCGACUUCCUCACUGACCGCAUCCCGGCUGAUCUCAUAUCAGGUAUCCUGGUGUAUCGCGCUCAUAAAAUCAUUGAGUCGUGUCAGGAGGCCUUCAUCCUUCGUCUGUUCAGACAGAAGAACAAGACCGGCUUCAUUAAAGCCUUCACUGACAAGGCCACGGCCUUCUCCUCGGGCUUCUGCCAGGUGGAGCGGGUGAUGAGGAACCUCUUCGUCAAGAAACUCUACCUGUGGCCCAGGUUUCAAGCAUCAGUAAACACAGCUCUGGACAGGCAUAAGCCGGAGGUGGUGGAGCUCCAUGUGUCAUUGACGCCGGCUAUGAGGGCCAUCCAAAGCUCCAUCCUAGACAUCAUGGGUGCCUGUCUGAAGGAACUGAAACGCUACAACCCCACCCUGGAGGCCGAGGACCUCUCCCUGGAGAACACGCUAGGCAGCGCCUUCGACAAGACCAUCCGUCACUACCUGGACCCUUUGUGGCACCAGCUGGGAGCAAAGACCAAGGCCCUGGUCCAGGACCUUAAAGUGCUGAGGGUUCUCCUGCUCUACCUCACCCAGUACGACUGUGUGACCUUCUUCAAUCUGCUCGAGUCGCUGCGCUCCAGCCAAAAGAUCUUUGGAUCCAAUUCAGGGUGGUUGUUCCUCGACUCCAGUACCUCCAUGUUUGUGAAUGCCAGGGGCAGAGUGUACCACAUCCCUGAGAGCAAGAAGAAACUCAAAGUGGGAGCGGAGGCAGAGAAACCGAAGUCAUCCCCUGCUUUAGAAGUGAAACGGCAACUGGUGCUGGAGAAGAGCCCAAAGUGGGAGGCUCUGACGGAGGUACUGCAGGAGAUUGAGAAAGAGAACAAGAGCUCUCAGCAUGAACCAGGUCCAGUGCUGAUCUGUGCCAGUGAUGACAGGACUUGUGCCCAGCUGCAGCAGUACAUCAGGCACGGGUCUGACUGGCUGCUUAACAGACUCUAUGCCCGCACAAUCGGCAAACAGGACUCUGCUGCAGCCGCUGCCUUCGAACUUGAAUCGCACAAAAAGGCCAAAGGCUGGCCUAAAAAAGGAGCCAAGGGCAAGGAGCCUGCACAGAAAAAAAACGCAAAGUCCACAAAGAGUAAAAAAAGGCCCUCCCUGACCCUGACCCAGAUGGUGGGGAAAGAGGAGACAGAUGAAGUGCCGGCCAUGGGCAGCAGUGGGGAUGAUGAUGAACUGAUGGAGGAAGAGGAGGAAGAAGAGCUGAAGCUGGACUUGUCAUCAGAUGCCUACUAUGGCGUCCUAAAGGAGCCGCUGACCGUCAUUCACCCACUGAAAGGCCUCACCGACCCCCACAGCUUGACGCGGGUUCUGCAUGAGGUGGAGCCCAGUUUCGUGGUGCUGUACGACGCUGAACUCAGUUUCGUCCGCCAGCUGGAGAUCUACAAAGCGAGCCGGCCCGGAAAGCCACUCAGGGUGUACUUCCUCAUCUACGGAGGCUCAACAGAAGAACAGAAGUACCUGACGGCGCUAUCUAAGGAAAAGAAAGCCUUUGAACACCUCAUCAGGGAAAAGGCUACUAUGGUCAUCCCAGAGGAGAGGGAGGGACGAGAAGACACCAACCUGGACCUUGCUAGAAAUCUAGAGCCUGCCAAUGCCACCACCAACACCCGCAAAGCAGGAGGCCAGGAGCAGGCCAAAGAGCCCUCACGAGUCAUUGUGGACAUGCGUGAGUUCCGCAGUGAGCUGCCUUCCUUGCUGCACCGCCGUGGCCUGGACAUCGAACCCGUCACCCUAGAAGUAGGCGACUAUAUCCUGACCCCGGACACAUGCGUCGAGCGCAAGAGCGUCAGUGAUCUGAUUGGCUCAUUGCAGAGCGGCCGCCUCUACACCCAGUGUCUCUCCAUGACCCGCUACUACAAGAAACCAGUGCUCCUCAUUGAGUUCGACCCACAGAAACCGUUUUCCUUAAUGGCCCGAUCGGAUUUCCGUCAUGAGAUAUCUUCUAAUGAUAUUUCUUCAAAACUCACUUUACUCACCUUGCAUUUCCCACGACUGCGUAUACUCUGGUGCCCCUCUCCACACGCCACAGCGGACCUCUUCCUGGAUCUAAAGCAGGGUCGCUCUGAACCCGAUGCUGCGGCAGCUCAGGCAGUCACAGCCGAGUCAGACAUGGUGGCUGAAUCAGCAGACCUGUACAACCCCGGACCUUAUGACUUCCUGUUGAAAAUGCCUGGGGUCAAUACAAAAAACUAUAGGGCACUUAUAAAAAAUGCAAACAGUGUGGCAGAUUUGACCAAACUCAGCCAGGACAAGCUAGCAGAAAUACUUGGCAAUGCUAACAACGCUAAGUUGCUGUUUGAGUUUCUGCAUAAUGAUGCUAACGUCCCUGCCCCUGUGCAGAAGGCCAAACAGGAUAGGCAGUAAAGCACCUGACUAUAAUAAAUAUAGAUCCUAGCAUCAGGAUUAGUUUUGCAUUUUAAAACUGGAUGAAAAUAGUGUGAAUGUAGAACCAGGUAGACUAAAUUUGCUCCUUGUAUUUGUAAAGUGUGAGUAUUAGUUGAGUCAUCAGAAGUGAAAUGUGUUAUAUUAAUGUACAGAAUGAACUGAAAUAAUUCAGGCUUUUCUAUUGUAUUUUGUAAAUCACUCAAAUGCAAAUUUAACAUUAUUUUUUUUAUAUAACAGAAUAAAAUGUUUUUACA